GAGGAGGAGCCCGAGGGGGCGCGGCUUCCUCCGUGUCCCUGCCGGGCGCCAGAGAGCCUCCUUCSCCGGGCCAGGACUGGCGGCCGGCGGGGGUCCUGGCGGCGGCGGCGGCGGGGGCGCUGGCGGGCCGCGGGUCGGGCUCCGGCCCCGGCUCCGGGUGUUAGGAGACAAGAUGGCGGCGGCGCUCUGGAGGCCGGUCUUCUCCUCCUCCUUGCCCUCCUCCGCCCCGCCGCUCGCCGCCUCCUCCUUCUCGGUCUCCUCCUCCCGGUUCGCUGCCUCCUCCUCCUGCAGCAGCAUUAGCGACCGCCGCGGCGCCGGCCCGCUCUCCCGGAGCUCGGGAGGGGGAUAGACCGGGCAGCUGCAGGCUCGGGCGACGAGGCCGAGCUGGGGCCGGGGCGGGGACGGCGGCGGCGGCGGCGGCGGCGGCGGCGCCGGGUGGGGAUGGGGUCGCAGACGCUGCAGAUCCUCCGGCAGGGGGUGUGGGCCGCACUCAGCGGGGGCUGGUACUACGACCCGCACCAGGCCACCUUCGUGAACGCGCUGCACCUCUACCUGUGGCUCUUUCUGCUCGGCCUGCCCUUCACCCUGUACAUGGCCCUUCCUUCUUCCAUGAUUAUAGUAGCAGUUUAUUGUCCCGUGAUAGCUGCUGUUUUCAUUGUUCUGAAGAUGGUCAACUAUCGACUACACAGAGCACUGGAUGCUGGAGAAAUUGUAGAUAGGAGUGCAAAUGAGCUCACAGAUCAGCGAACCAAAGCUGAACAAGGCAACUGUUCAACCAGGAGAAAAGACAGCAAUGGACCUAGUGAUCCUGGUGGAGGGAUUGAAAUGUCUGAAUUCAUUCGGGAGGCCACACCUCCAGUUGGUUGCAGUUCAAGAAAUUCUUAUGCUGGUCUAGAUCCAAGCAACCAGAUUGGAUCUGGUUCCUCUCGUCUUGGAACAGCAGCAACUAUUAAAGGAGAUACAGACACUGCUAAGACAUCUGAUGAUAUCAGUUUAAGUCUGGGCCAGAGCUCUAGUCUUUGUAAGGAAGGAAGUGAAGAACAAGAUUUGGCAACUGAUAGGAAGCUCUUCCGUCUGGUCUCCAAUGAUUCCUUCAUCUCUAUUCAGCCUUCUUUGUCCUCUUGUGGACAGGACUUGCCAAGGGACUUCAGUGACAAAGUGAGUCUGCCAAGUCAUAGCCACCACCACCACAUCGAUCAGUCUCUGUCCAGCGCCUGUGACACAGAAGUAGCCUCUCUUGUACCUUUACAUUCACACUCUUACAGGAAAGAUCACCGGCCGCGAGGUGUACCACGGACUUCCAGCUCUGCUGUGGCCUUUCCUGAUACUUCACUGAAUGACUUCCCUCUUUAUCAGCAGAGACGUGGGUUAGAUCCAGUAAGUGAGUUAGAAUCUUCAAAACCUCAUUCUGGAUCCAAAGAAUCCUUGGUGGAAAAUGUUUGUCUACCUGGGGAAUUCCAGCUUGCUGGUGAUCUGAAAAACAGUAAUUCUCAGCCACCCACAAAAAGUGGGAAGAGCAAAGCUCUAAAUGCAGACAAAAGCAUGGACAGCCUGAGGAGCCUGAGCACACGGAGUAGCGGGUCAACAGAGAGCUAUUGUAGCGGCACAGACCGUGAUACCAACAGUACUGUCAGCAGCUAUAAAAGUGAGCAGACUAGUUCCACUCACAUAGAAAGCAUCUUGUCAGAGCAUGAAGAGUCUCCUAAAGUGGGAAAGAAAAGUGCUAAGAAAAAAGAGUGCUGUGCUGACUCAGAGAAGAGUUGCUGUGCCAGUGACAAAAGGACUAACAGUGACAAGACUGCCUUGGAAGUGAGUACAAAUAGUGGGGCUCCUGAGGCCCAGGAUUCUCAGGCCUCUGAUGAGAUGCACAACCAGAGAGGGCUCAGCACCUCUGCAUCUGAAGAAGCCAAUAAAAACCCCCAUGCAAAUGAGCUAAUUGCACCAGAGGACCCAACCCCUGAGAAACCUGCUGAAAGUAAAGAAGAACAGAAUGAGACGCCUGUCACUUUGGUGGAUUUAAAAGUUUGUAAAGAUACUGGUGGAAAGCAGAAGGAAGGGGAUGUACGACCCAAAUCCUCUAGCUUAAUCCACCGGACAGCCUCUGCCCACAAGUCAGGCAGGAGAAGGACAGGAAAGAAACGAGCCAGCAGUUUUGACUCUAGUCGACACAGGGACUAUGUUUCUUUUCGAGGUGUUUCUGGAACCAAACCACAUAGCGCUAUAUUUUGUCAUGAUGAGGACUCUAGUGAUCAAAGUGACUUGAGUAGAGCAUCAAGUGUCCAUUCUGCUCAUCAGUUCAGCAGUGACAGCUCUUCUAGCACUACUUCUCAUUCGUGCCAAUCUCCUGAGGGCAGAUAUAGCGCUCUAAAGACCAAACACAUUCAUAAGGAAAGGGGUACAGAAUCUGAACACUCACAUAGAGCUCAUCCUGGUCUUGAAGGAACUGGCAAAAAGAGGGCUACACGACGGACUUCCAGCACAAAUAGUGCCAAGACUCGUGCCCGAGUAUUGAGCUUGGACAGUGGCACAGUAGCAUGUUUGAAUGACUCAAAUAGGCUAAUGGCACCUGAAAGUAUAAAGCCCUUAACCACUUCAAAAUCAGAUCUUGAGGCCAAAGAGGGAGAGGUGCUGGAUGAGCUGUCUUUAUUGGGACGGGCAUCCCAGUUAGAAACAGUCACUCGAUCUAGGAAUAGUUUGCCAAGCCAGGUUGCAUUUCCUGAAGAGGACGAGCAAGAUGCAGUCAGUGGAGCAGCACAGGCCAGCGAGGAGGCAGUGUCAUUUCGCCGUGAACGCAGCACAUUUAGGCGCCAGGCAGUACGGCGCCGGCACAAUGCAGGGAGUAACCCUACCCCUCCUACCUUGCUCAUCGGAUCACCCCUAAGCCUUCAAGAUGGUCAGCAAGGCCAGCAGUCCACAGCCCAGGUCAAAAUCCAGUCCCGCCCCCCUUCCCAGGCUGCAGUGCUCAGUGCUAGUGCCUCAUUGCUGGUGAGAAAUGGGAGUGUCCACUUAGAAGCAUCACAUGACAAUGCAUCUGCUGUAGGCGGUAGCAGUUUGCAGGAUGAACUUGGUAAGUUCUCUUCUACACUCUAUGAGACUGGUGGCUGUGAUAUGUCACUUGUGAAUUUUGAACCAGCAGCAAGAAGAGCAUCUAAUAUCUGUGACACGGAUUCUCAUGUAUCCAGUUCUACCUCAGUUCGAUUUUAUCCACAUGAUGUGCUUUCUCUCCCGCAGAUUCGGUUGAAUAGGCUGUUGACCAUUGAUACAGAUUUGUUGGAGCAACAGGACAUUGAUCUGAGUCCUGACUUGGCAGCCACUUAUGGUCCAACAGAAGAAGCUGCCCAAAAGGUUAAACACUAUUACCGCUUUUGGAUCCUGCCCCAGCUGUGGAUUGGCAUUAACUUUGAUAGACUCACACUUUUGGCGCUGUUUGAUAGAAAUCGUGAGAUCCUGGAAAAUGUGUUAGCUGUCAUUCUGGCUAUUCUUGUGGCUUUUUUGGGAUCUAUUCUUCUCAUACAAGGCUUCUUCAGAGACAUCUGGGUCUUCCAAUUCUGCCUGGUCAUAGCCAGCUGUCAGUACUCCCUACUAAAGAGUGUUCAACCAGAUUCUUCUUCGCCCAGGCAUGGUCAUAAUCGUAUCAUUGCUUACAGUAGACCAGUUUACUUCUGUUUAUGUUGUGGUCUAAUUUGGUUCUUGGAUUAUGGUAGCAGAAACCUUACUACAACCAAGUUCAAAUUAUAUGGAAUAACAUUCACCAAUCCACUGGUGUUUGUAUCAGCCAGGGAUUUAGUUAUAGUGUUUACACUCUGUUUCCCAAUAGUGUUUUUCAUUGGCCUCCUGCCUCAGGUGAAUACAUUUGUAAUGUACCUUUGUGAACAAUUGGAUAUUCAUAUUUUUGGUGGUAAUGCUACUACAAGCCUGCUUGCAGCACUUUACAGUUUUAUCUGUAGCAUUGUGGCAGUAGCCUUAUUGUAUGGAUUAUGUUACGGAGCUUUAAAGGAUUCAUGGGAUGGCCAACAUAUUCCAGUACUUUUCUCCAUUUUUUGUGGCUUAUUGGUGGCUGUAUCCUAUCAUCUCAGCCGACAAAGCAGUGAUCCAUCUGUACUUUUCUCUUUGGUACAAUCCAAGAUUUUUCCAAAAACAGAAGAAAAAAAUCCGGAAGACCCUCUGUCUGAAGUAAAAGACCCACUGCCUGAAAAACUUAGGAAUUCUGUUAGUGAGCGUUUACAGUCUGACUUAGUGGUAUGCAUUGUAAUUGGUGUGCUGUAUUUUGCUAUUCAUGUAAGCACGGUGUUCACAGUAUUACAGCCUGCUCUCAAGUUUGUGUUAUAUGCAUUGGUUGGCUUUGUGGGUWUCGUAACCCACUAUGUGCUGCCUCAAGUUAGGAAACAGCUACCAUGGCAUUGUUUCUCUCAUCCUCUGCUGAAGACCGAAGAGUACAAUCAGUAUGAAGUUCGAAAUGCAGCUACUAUGAUGUGGUUUGAAAAACUUCAUGUGUGGCUUCUUUUUGUUGAGAAGAAUAUUAUCUAUCCACUGAUUGUUCUCAAUGAACUUAGUAGUAGUGCAGAGACAAUUGCCAGUCCAAAGAAACUGGAUACAGAAUUAGGUGCUUUAAUGAUCACCAUUGCUGGCUUGAAGUUGCUGCGAUCCUCUUUUAGCAGCCCUACGUAUCAGUAUGUCACAGUCAUCUUUACUGUGCUCUUUUUCAAAUUUGACUAUGAAGCUUUUUCAGAGACCAUGCUAUUGGAUCUCUUCUUCAUGUCCAUACUGUUCAGCAAGCUUUGGGAACUCCUCUAUAAGUUGCAGUUCGUAUAUACCUACAUCGCCCCGUGGCAGAUUACAUGGGGUUCUGCUUUCCAUGCGUUUGCUCAGCCCUUUGCAGUGCCUCAUUCAGCCAUGUUGUUUAUUCAGGCUGCUGUAUCAGCUUUCUUCUCUACUCCACUAAACCCUUUUCUAGGAAGUGCAAUAUUUAUCACUUCUUAUGUUCGGCCUGUGAAAUUCUGGGAGAGAGAUUAUAACACAAAACGAGUAGAUCAUUCAAAUACCAGAUUGGCUUCCCAGCUUGAUAGAAAUCCAGGAUCAGAUGACAAUAAUCUGAAUUCCAUCUUCUAUGAACAUUUAACCAGAUCCCUGCAACACAGCCUCUGUGGUGAUUUGUUACUGGGACGGUGGGGAAACUACAGUACUGGGGAUUGUUUCAUCCUUGCCUCUGACUAUCUCAAUGCAUUAGUACACCUUAUAGAAAUAGGCAAUGGUCUCGUCACUUUCCAGCUGCGGGGCCUGGAAUUCAGAGGUACCUACUGUCAACAACGGGAAGUAGAGGCCAUUACUGAAGGUGUAGAAGAAGAUGAAGGAUUUUGCUGUUGUGAACCUGGCCAUAUUCCUCAUGUACUUUCAUUUAAUGCUGCUUUUAGCCAACGCUGGCUAGCUUGGGAAGUGAUAGUCACUAAGUAUAUUCUGGAGGGGUAUAGCAUCACUGAUAAUAGUGCCGCUUCUAUGCUUCAAGUCUUCGAUCUUCGGAAAGUACUCACUACUUACUAUGUCAAGGGUAUAAUUUAUUAUGUUACAACRUCCUCUAAGUUAGAGGAGUGGCUAGCUAAUGAGACAAUGCAGGAAGGACUCCGUCUGUGUGCAGAUCGAAAUUAUGUUGAUGUGGACCCCACCUUUAAUCCAAACAUUGAUGAAGAUUAUGAUCAUCGGUUGGCAGGCAUAUCCAGAGAAAGUUUCUGUGUGAUUUACCUUAACUGGAUAGAGUACUGUUCUUCUCGGAGAGCAAAGCCUCUAGAUGUGGACAAAGAUUCAUCACUGGUGACUCUCUGUUAUGGACUCUGUGUUCUAGGACGGAGAGCUUUGGGAACUGCAUCCCAUCAUAUGUCCAGUAAUUUAGAGUCAUUCCUCUAUGGAUUGCAUGCCCUAUUUAAAGGAGAUUUCCGUAUUUCUUCAAUUCGAGAUGAAUGGAUCUUUGCUGACAUGGAAUUACUAAGAAAAGUAGUAGUCCCUGGAAUCCGUAUGUCCAUUAAACUUCAUCAGGAUCAUUUCACUUCUCCAGAUGAGUACGAUGACCCUACUGUGCUCUAUGAAGCCAUUGUGUCUCAUGAAAAGAACCUCGUGAUAGCCCAUGAAGGGGAUCCUGCGUGGCGGAGUGCAGUUCUUGCCAACUCUCCCUCCUUGCUUGCUUUGCGGCAUGUCAUGGAUGAUGGCACCAAUGAAUAUAAAAUCAUCAUGCUCAAUAGGCGCUACCUAAGCUUUAGGGUCAUUAAAGUGAACAAGGAGUGUGUCCGAGGUCUUUGGGCCGGGCAACAGCAGGAGCUUGUUUUUCUGCGAAAUCGUAACCCAGAGAGAGGUAGCAUCCAGAAUGCAAAGCAAGCUCUACGAAACAUGAUAAACUCAUCUUGUGACCAACCUAUUGGCUACCCAAUCUUUGUCUCACCCCUGACAACUUCUUACUCUGAUAGCCAUGAACAGCUUAAAGAAAUUCUUGGGGGACCUAUCAGCUUGGGAAAUAUCAGAAACUUCAUAGUGUCAACCUGGCAUAGACUAAGGAAAGGUUGUGGAGCCGGAUGUAACAGUGGUGGCAAUAUUGAAGAUUCUGAUACUGGAGGUGGAACUUCCUGUGUGGGUAAUAAUGCAACAACUGCCAAUGAUCCCCACAGCAAUAUGUCCCAAGGAAGCUCUGGAAAUCCUGGGCAGGGAUCAGGAACUGGACUUCAUCCACCUGCUACAUCUUACCCUCCAACUCUAGGCACUAGCCACAGUGCUCACUCUGUGCAGUCGAGCCUUGUCAGACAGUCCCCUGCUCGGGCCUCUGUAGCCAGCCAGUCUUCCUACUGCUACAGCAGCCGGCAUUCAUCUCUCAGGAUGUCCACCACAGGAUUUGUGCCUUGUCGGCGCUCUUCCACCAGCCAGAUAUCACUUCGAAACUUGCCAUCAUCCAUCCAGUCCCGCCUUUCUAUGGUGAACCAGAUGGAGCCCUCCGGUCAGAGUGGGAUGGCUUGUGUACAGCAUGGCCUUCCUUCUUCAAGCAGCUCCAGCCAAAGCAUCCCCGCCUGCAAACACCACACUCUCGUGGGCUUUCUUGGGACAGAGGGGAGUCAGAGCAGUGCCACGGAUGCCCAGCCAGGCAACACCUUAAGUCCUGCAAAUAAUUCGAAUGCCAAGAAGGGGGAAGUGAUUUACAGAGUCCAAAUUGUGGAUCCCACCCAAAUUCUGGAAGGGAUCAACCUGUCAAAAAGGAAAGAGCUACAGUGGCCUGAUGAGGGAAUUCGAUUAAAAGCUGGGAGAAACAGCUGGAAAGACUGGAGUCCUCAGGAGGGCAUGGAAGGCCAUGUGAUUCACCGAUGGGCACCUUGCAGCAGAGACCCAGGUACGAGAUCCCACAUCGACAAGGCAGUGCUUCUGGUCCAGAUUGAUGAUAAAUACGUGACUGUGAUUGAAACUGGGGUACUAGAACUUGGGGCUGAAGUUUGAGCUUGUGUUUUGUAGCCAAAUUUCUUUUCCCUCUCACUUCCAAAACCUUGGAAAAAGAGGAGCUUCCAGAAGAUGGCCACAGAAUCACUUUGAUCCUGUAUGGGAGAGACUGGUGAAUAGUGGCAUGGUUCUGCACCUCCCCGGGGCUUCACCCUGGCUCUUGUCAUUGUCUCCAUUCCCAAAUAAAGCUGAAAUAUUUUUUUAAGUUAACCACAAGAAAACAUUUUGCAUGGAGGAUAAAGUUCUGUUAAAAUACAUCUUUAAAAAGUUUUUCCUAUGCAUUGCCUAUGCUUUAAAUCAAAAAACUCUUAAUUUCUAAACUAUGAUUUCAUAUUUUUCUAA